UCCCCCCCACCCGAGGGCUCUCGAUCGUCUCUCAUGCCCUCCCUCCAUGGCGCAACCCUAGCCGUACCUGGACCACGGCGCCGCCUCUCAUCGUCUGGGCCAACUUCUUUCCGUCUAUACGCAGCCGCCGUCGACCAGGAUCUCGCCGCCACCUCAUCCAGGCCCGCUUCCAGGAAUUCGCCGCCAACUCGAAGACCCCAGCGACGGUACAUCAAGGUCAAGCCGCCACCUGCUUCCAGUAAUUCGCCGCUGCGUCCAAUACCUCGCGGCCGCUUUCUCCAAUCCCACCGCUUCGAAGGUUUGAUCAGCAGAGAUGUCAUUAACCCGGAGCUCAUCUUCAGCCUCGAGUGGAACUGCUUCUCCUCCCAGUGAACGGAUUUCAGUUUCUGGUGAAGAACAUAUCAACAGGGAUGGAUUUGCUGGGUUGGAGAGCUGGGAGGACCCCACUCCUAGGCCAUCACCCUUUACUCUCAAGGAGUUUGGUGAUGCCUGGGUUGCUGCUGCAAAGCGCCAGCUCAUUCGCAGGGUCAAGACACCGCCCCGUGAGGAGCUGCUAAGGCGCAGACAAGAGCAUGAUCAGAAGAGCUUGAUGAUAGCGUUGAGCGUCUAUGCCAAUCAACACAAUAAGCAACAUGCUGACCUCGAAGCAAUAGAAGUGAAGGACGAAACCCAAUUGACGAGGGGGGGAAGGAUACGUUGCACUUCACUUUCUGUGAAGAUGCGAGGUGGCCCAUCUAUUUUGUUCUUUUCGAGGCAUCCAGAUUGUAGAGAGGAGGAGGAUGUGUAUCUUUGCGCCCCUGGAAAGCUAAUGACUCGGGGUUUCUGCUAUGGAUGCAAGGACCGUGCAAAAGAGCUAAUGCAUCCCACUAGCGGUGGCUACUUGGGUGGGCACAAGGAUGUUGUUUUCCCCUUCAUUUACGAAAGUGAUGAAGAAAGCGGGGACGAGGCCUGA